UGUUUACUUCUUAGGGGUUCACUUUCUUGCGAAUGACUUUCGGCUUCAGCUAUGUAAAGUGAUCUUUGUCACUUGGAAUCCGGACGGAUUUACAGAAAACCCUAAAGCUUCGUCUUCCUUUUCGCUGAGGAUCCAUUGCAAGCCAUUUUUGUCCCAGGUGAAGCUUCUCCUUCCUCUCCGACUCUGGGCGACGCCAUUUUUUUUUUUUGGUCUCAGGCUGGAAACUUUGGGAGAGGAGGAGCUAACCGGAUGUCCGCAAUUAUUUAGCUAUUUGGCUAUUUGUUUAGAUCCCCUCCGGCGAACGUUAGAUUCACUUCAAAACUGUACUGAGAAUGCUUUGCUCGGACUUAGGUUGGUUGUGUUAUCGUCUCCUGAGGACGGGAGAACGUACAGAGAAACGUUAUUCGUUGAGUCCACACCGUCCGAUGCUCCUAGCUAGUCGCGCCACGCGAAUCCCGAACUGACGUGUACCCGAAGAAUCCGGGUAAGGCUGUGUACAUCUGUCCCUCUUGGAAUAUAUCCUGCAUUGGCGGGAGUCUCGUGCACUGGGCUGCCCUUUUUAUCUUGACAUAUUCCUUGUUUGUCUGCCUCAAUCAACUUCCAACAAGAGAAUCUAUGGAGCUCAAUAUUCACGAUGAAAAUAGUGGUUGCAUGGCUGAUUUAAAGGCAAAUGGUCUACAUCUCAGGCCAGUUAAACCUGGUGAAUCAGGUGAAGGUUUGCCAUAUGCUCCUGUAGAUUGGCCCAGUCCUGGUGAUAAUUGGGCAUGGAAAGUGGGAAGGAGGAAAUCUGCUUCUGGUUUCUAUCUUGAUAGAUACCUGUAUGCUCCAAGUUGUCUUCAAAAGAGCAUACGUAAGAAGCAGACUUUUGCAAGCAGGCAUUCCGUAGAACAGUAUAUCCAGAAAGAAUUUCCUAAUGCAGACAUCAAUGCAUUCUUUGCAUCUUUUAGUUGGAAAAUCCCUGCAGAAGACAAUUCUUACAUAAAAGAAGAGAAUAGUUUAGGUGGCAUGCUUCCUGAUGAAGAGAUGGCUGAGCAUUCUGGGUCUGACUCAAUUCCUGAGACUAUGGAUUGUAAAGCUAGAAAUAGGAUGUGCAAUCUCCAACUACAAGCAAGGACUUACUCUCCAGCAUCUAUGAAUUGUGAUAUAUGCUGUAGUGAACCUGGUUUUUGUCAUAAUUGUUGUUGUAUUCUUUGUUGUAAGACUAUUAAUUGGGCCUAUGGAGGCUAUAGCUUUAUUAGGUGUGAAGAAAGGCUAAAUGAUAAUUAUAUUUGCGGACAUGCUGCACACAUGGACUGUGCUCUCCGUUCGUACAUGGCUGGGACUGUUGGAGGAAGCAUUGGAUUGGAUGUAGAGUAUUACUGUAGACGUUGUGAUAAGAAGACAAGUCUCAUUCCACAUGUCACAAGUCUUGUACAGACUUGUGAAUCUCUUGACUCCCAAGAUGACAUUGAGAAGAUAUUAAACCUUGGUUUGUGCAUUUUGCGGGGUUCACAACAAACAAAUGCAAAAAACUUGUUCAGUCGCAUUGAAUCAGCAAUUAGAAAGCUUAAACAUGGGGCUUAUCUUGAGGACAUCUGGAAGGAGGGAGAUGAUGCACCAGAAAUUUCAACUGGGGCUCCAGAAUCUUUGAAUGAUCAAGAUGUCUCAGAUUUCAGAACAGACCUCGAAAUUCCUCUUGAUCUUGAACCAGAGAAGCGAUCUCAGCAGCCCAUAUUCAUAACCUCAGACCAUCGGAUUGCAUCUAUAAAACUUGAGGAGGAGAUUGAUCAGGUUCUUCAAUCCUUGAAGAAAUCGCAGGAAUAUGAGUACAGAAUUGCGGAGGAAAGACUUUAUGCUCAGAAAGAUUUUCUUCUUGGCUUAUAUCAACAGCUUGACACAGCAAGGUCAGAGUUAGCGAAACCUACAGCAUCAGCCACAAACAAUGACUCUGAUGCCCUACUCAGCAAUGUAUUAAACAGAAUAAGUCAGAUAAAGAAGGAGCUCAUAAAACUUGCAACCAUGGAGGAGGUGGCCAAAGGGUUUGGAAGAGUUUCUAAAUCUAUUCUAAGUCAACACUUUGGUUUGGAUAUUCAAGAUUGAAAAUGACAUUUUUUAUGGAACUUUUAUGAGAGUAUUUGUUUCUUUUCCAAGUGAUGCACCAUCCAUGUACAUUAGCUCAAAUCAGCCCUAAGUAGGAUGCAGACUUACCUUUUUCUAUGAUUUUUUCCUUCAUGAUAAGAAUGUGAUCGAGUCAGCUUGAUGGUUUUGUAGCAACUUUUGAGUUUACAUAUUGGAGUAAUUCUGAAGCCUAGAAAUACAUUUUUCAGUAUCAA